AAAAUAGAAGGUGGACUGAGCGCAAAAUAUAUUGUUUUUUCUCUGGUUUCUUCCACAAAACAUACAUACUGUUAAUUUACACUUGUGUUUCUUCCUUUCCUUAAUACAAAGUGCGAUUUAUAAUUACAUAUACAGAGAGAGACAGAGGGGGAGAGAGAGGAGAGGAGAGAGGGUUGAGAGAGAGAGAGCUGAGGGUGCAUGGUUAAUUAGGUUUUUAUUUUCUGACCUAGAGGAAUGUUUGACAUUUCUUGAUUGCCCACAAGCUGGUUGAUCUAAUUCUGGGUGUGUAAAGGGGUGGAGGGGUGGUGAAUGGCUACACAGACGAUGGGAUCUCAGGGUGGUUAUGGGAGUGGUAGUGGUGGUAAUGCUAGUCGGAGGGCGGAAGAGCCGAGGACUGAUUUGUUGGGUAGGCAAAGUUCUAUGUACAACCUUACUUUGGAUGAGGUUCAGGACCAAUUGGGGGAUUUGGGGAAACCUUUGAGUAGCAUGAAUCUUGAUGAGCUUCUUAAGAGUGUUUGGUCUGCUGAGGCUAAUCAGGGACUUGGUGGGGUUGAUUUUGGGGAUGCCCAACCGGGGAAUGUGGCUUCGAGCUCCUCUUUGCUCAGGCAGUCAAGUGUUUCUCUGGCCAAGGGGUUGAGCAAGAAAACUGUUGACGAGGUGUGGCAGGAUAUCCAAGAAGGACAGAAAAAGUCUAGACUUGAUAGGAAAAUGAGGGAGAGAAAAUCCACUCUCGGGGAGAUGACUUUAGAAGAUUUCUUGGUCAAGGCAGGGAUAGUUGCUGAAGGAGAAAAAAACCCAGGUGCUGUUCCUGUAGUUGAUGCGAUUGAGAUACCUCAACAAAGUGCUCCUCAGCAGGCUCAGUGGAUGCCUUACCAGACACCUCCAGUUCAUCAGUUAGCCCCGCCACAGCAACAACAAAAUAUGUUUUCUGUUUUUAUGCCUGGUCCUCCACUUCCACAAACUCUUCCAGUUACUGCUAAUCCGAUGAUGGAUGGUUACGCUGAUGCAAUGUCUCCUUCCGCUUUAAUGGAUAAUGUUUCAGAUACACAGGCGCCAGGGAGAAAGAGGAAUGCAUCUGGAGUUGUUGUCGAGAAAACUGUUGAAAGGAGACAAAAGAGAAUGAUCAAGAAUAGGGAAUCUGCUGCUCGGUCACGAGCAAGAAAGCAGGCUUACACCCAAGAACUGGAGCUGAAGGUUUCACGGCUGGAAGAAGAAAAUGAAAGACUUAGAAACCGGCAGGAGGCUGAGAAGGAGUUGCCAAAUGUACUGCCUCCUGAGCCGAAGUAUCAGCUCCGUAGAACAAGCUCAGCUCAUUUCUGAACCAAGUGUUUAUUGUGCUGGAAGUAUUGUUAUCUAGAUGACCUGUGCUUGCUAAUGUUAUUAUUAUUCCUUUAGAUAGACCCUGUUCUAUGUGUCCCCAGUAGCUGAGAUGUACUACAUGGUUACAUCCAACAUUAGUGGGUUACUUUGAAAGCUCCCUGACCAGGUCUAUUGUUGCUUGAGAGUUGGAUUUGGCCAUUAAUUGUGCACCCGCUCCCUCCUGUUAUGUAAAUUUUAGAGUUCAGAGUCUUUGAAUGCAUUCACAAUUAACAGUGAUAUCCUGUUGCUAGUCAGUUUGGUUAAAUUUUCUUAAUAUCAAGUUUUGUAUCAGUUUUGUGA